AUGGAUCUUUCGAACGUUGUCAAGAACUUUGAGUUGCCAAAGGCUGUCAAAAACUUUGAAUUACCACAAGCAGUCAAAAACAUAGAAUUACCACAAGCAGUGAAGAACAUCGAGUUACCGCAAGCAGUAAAGAACUUUGAAUUGCCACAAGCAGUAAAGAAUAUCGAACUACCACAAGCAGUAAAGAAUAUCGGGCUUUCUGAGACUGUGAAGAAGAUUGAUAUUCAAGGUGCUAUAAAGAAUGCAGAAGAUGCAGUCAAGAAUAUCGAUAUACAAGGUGCAUUAAAGAAUGUCGACGAAGCAAUGAGAAGCAUUGAUAUCCAAGGCGCAGUGAAGAAUGUUUCAGAACAGAUGCCCCAGAAUCAACACACGAGGCGAUUAUCUUUGUUUGCUUCUUCGGCCUUGACGAGUGUUACCUCGAUUACGGGUGUGAUCCGACAACGAGUCGAGGAAACCACAAAGAAUCUUCAAAAUGAACAUCAGCAAUUUGUUCGUUCAAUGAAAGAAGAAACGCAAGUGUCGAGGUCUGGAACACAGGCAGUCGCUCCUUGGGAAGGAUUGCCAGAAGAGGAGGAAAUGAAGAAACAGAUCUUGGCUCUAUCAAAGGAUGUUCGUAACCUUACAAUGCCACCGCCUGAAAAUACUAGUUUUCAAUUCGACAUGGCUGUACAUUCUCCUACAGCCAUGGCUGUACUGGAACAUGAUCCCGAACUGAGUCGCCUGCGUUUUCAACUUGUUCCUGCAAAGAUCGAGGAGGAAAUGUUUUGGCGUAAUUACUUUUAUCGCGUAUCGCUAAUAAAGCAGACUUUAUUAGGAUCUAUUGAUGCCAUUGUGCUAGAGAAGGAAGUUUAUCACAAAGAUGAUAACGAGAGUGAGGAAGAAUCUCCAGAUGCCAUGUCAAAGGAGAAGGCGACGGGAAAGGAGGAAGGAGCCGAGGUGUUAUUUGACGCAAAGAAGUCUGGCGAUGCUUCAGGUGACGAUUGGAUUGAUGAUGAACUAGCAAAAACAACCGCCUUCGAUGAUACGACGCUAGCAAAAGGAACUGAUUUAGUUGACGAUGAUGAAGUCCCAGAGGAUUGGGAGGAUCAAAUGAAAGCGAUGUCGAUGCUUCCGUAG